AUGAGCGAGGAGCAGUGCAUUUGCAACGUGUGCACGUGUGGCAUGCACAAGUGCCCCGUGCCCACCCACCAGACGACCCACUACGACCCCAACGACUUGCUCUCCGAGUAUAAGCGCGACUACCCGGCGUGGCCGGUCUCGGCCCGCCAGCAGGCCGGCCCGCGACGUGACUACGUGCCCAACUCGCACAUUCCGUUUACCGGCGAGACGUCGAACCGGGCCGACUUUGUGCCGCACAAGAUCGAACCGGUCCAUGCCGCUGGCCCGCGGCGCGACUACGUGCCCAACUCGGUGCCGUUUGAGGGCGAGUCGACGCAGCAUGCCGACUUUCCCAAGUACGGGCAGGAUGCGUACGCGCAUUCGCAGCCGCAUGGCGAUGCGCACAGCGGGCGGCCUCGCGAGUCGAUUCCGUUUGAGGGCACGACGACGAACCGGUCGGACUUUGUGCCUCUCCCGAUUACGCCGGUGCGGGCGUCGGGUCCGCAGCGCGAGUACGUGCCGAACAACAUUCCGUUCGAGGGCGAGUCGAUGGCACACAAGGACUUUCCGCGGUACGACUCGUCGGCGUACGCGCGCGCGGCACCGCAGGGAGGGCCGAUGGCCGCUGCUCGCGAGUCGAUUCCGUUUGAGGGGGAGACGACGUCGCGGCGCGAUUUUGUGGCGCAUCCGGUGACGCCGAUGCGCGCCGCCGGCCCGCGACGCGACUACGUGCCCAACUCGGUGCCGUUUGAGGGCGAGUCGACGCAGCACGCCGACUUUCCCAAGUACGGGCAGGGCGCGUACGCCCGCCCGUCGACGGCCGGUGCUUCCGGCCCGGUUGCUCGCGAGCACAUUCCGUUUACCGGCGAGACGUCGAACCGGGCCGACUUUGUGCCGCACAAGAUCGAGCCGGUCCAUGCCGCUGGCCCGCGGCGCGACUACGUGCCCAACUCGGUGCCGUUUGAGGGCGAGUCGACGCAGCAUGCCGACUUUCCCAAGUACGGGCAGGAUGCGUACGCGCAUUCGCAGCCGCAUGGCGAUGCGCACAGCGGGCGGCCUCGCGAGUCGAUUCCGUUUGAGGGCACGACGACGAACCGGUCGGACUUUGUGCCUCUCCCGAUUACGCCGGUGCGGGCGUCGGGUCCGCAGCGCGAGUACGUGCCGAACAACAUUCCGUUCGAGGGCGAGUCGAUGGCGCACACCUCGUACCGGCCGUACGAGAUCGAUGUGUGCCCAGCCACCAUGCUCCCGCCGCAUCAGCCUGCACCCGACGGGCACACGUACUACUCGAAUCAGGAGGUCGAACGUGUGUCCCCACGGAAGCGGUAG